CAUAAUGCGAAGGCACCUCAGAGCAGACGGGUGCAUUGCUCAAACCAAGUGGGAUACGGUGCGGCUUUGAUAGUGCGUUAAUUACUCAUGUGAUGUGAUACAGAUGUCUGGGGGGCUUCAGCCGAAAGUUUGCCUGACGGUUUCCAAGGGGGCCAGGCAGACAUUUUAGAAGCGAGAUAUAUUGGGACCGUCUUUCAAUCAGUGAAAUCAAAGCGCCGAAUGUGUUCCAUAAUGGGCACCCCAGCUGUGCAUAUGUUGGUGCUAAUGGCCUGUAUGGCAGCCAGAGGAAUGUGCCAGAUAAACAGAGCUGAAGCAGAGGAGCGGUCCUUCCCAGGCUCUUUCGUCCACCCCACCCUACAGUCUCCCAGUUUCUACAGCACCGUCAGUCCCAGCCUCCACCUGGGGGCCGAUGCCCAAGCUGUGGGAUCUGGAAAUGGAACUGUCGUAAAGAGGUCGAUGCGACCUCCGAGUUGCCUCAAAGGUACCUCGAUUAGUGGCUACUUCAAGUACAUCAACACCACAAUUUCCCUUAUAGUGUUUGUGGUGGGCCUGGUCGGCAACGCCACCCUGCUGAGGAUUAUAUACCACAACAAGUGCAUGAGGAACGGGCCCAACGCCCUCAUUGCCAGUCUGGCACUGGGGGACCUCAUCUACAUAAUCACUGAUAUACCCAUCAAUGUAUACAAGCUCCUGGCGUCACACUGGCCUUUUGACGACAGUGUUGCUGGCCUGUUUCUGUGCAAGAUGGUGCCCUUCCUGCAGAAAGCGUCUGUGGGCAUCACCGUCCUCAACCUGUGUGCCCUCAGCGUGGACAGGUACAGAGCCGUGGCAUCCUGGAGCAGAGUUCAGGGAGUUGGCAUCCCGCUGCUCACCGUCAUGGAGAUUAUGACUAUUUGGUUGCUGUCGCUCUUCCUGGCCGUACCGGAAGCUAUCGGCUUUGACAUAAUCACCUUCGAAUACAGGAACCAAACCAUGCGCACCUGCAUGCUCAACCCCAAGAGUGACUUCAUGUUGUUCUACAGGGACGCAAAGGACUGGUGGUUGUUUGGCUUCUACUUCUGUGUACCACUGACCUGCACCGCUGUGUUCUACACUCUGAUGACCUGCGAGAUGCUCAACCGCAGGAACGGCAGCCUUCGGAUAGCCCUCAGUGAGCACCUCAAACAGAGGAGGGAGGUGGCCAGAGCUGUUUUCUGCCUCGUCCUUAUCUUUGCCCUCUGCUGGUUCCCACUGCACCUCAGCAGGAUCCUAAAGAAGAUGGUUUACCACCCGGGUGAUAAGAUGCGCUGUGAGCUGCUCAAUUUCCUGUUGGUCCUGGAUUACAUCAGUCUCAACCUUGUAACAAUCAACUCCUGCAUAAACCCCAUUAUCCUCUACUUUGUCAGCAAGAAGUUUAAAAACUGCUUCAAGUCAUGUUUGUGCUGCUGGUGUUAUUCUGACAACCAGCUGAGCAGCAUCGGACCCAUGAAUGGAACCAGCAUCCAGUGCAAAAGCCCCGAGCCCAACAACGCCCACACUGAUCGCAGCAUCAGGAAAGAUAGCGACUGAUCCCUUCAACUCAUCUCAUCUCUAUUUUCAAGCACUUCCAUAUAUCAAGCAGCUUUUAAAAUACAACAAAUGCACACCCUAGAAUAUCUACAAUCACAAAGUACUUUUUCAGACAAUACAUGCACAUCCUUUUGGACCACUGAAGCAACAAAUGAGCCUGGCUGGGAUGGAUUAGGAACUGGAGAUGAAAGGAACUAACAAUGGAUUUAGUGCACAAUGCUCUGAAGUUGCCGGGAGACCCACGGGGGGCCAAACUUCCUACGACAAACUCCUUGUAUUCCCACACCCACGGACAGUGACGCUAUAGUGUGAGAGAGGAAGGGGGAGAGCGGGAUGAGGAGGACGAGGACUCUUAACAGGAUAUAGCUGAACCGUGACUAUAAAUGACUCUCAUCAGUAGCAAAGCGUGUUAUUCCUGUAAAGGGCAGCACUACUGGGAAGGAUGCACGAAGCUACAGGAAGGAAAAAGCAGACUGCUCGCUGUCAGAGGGAAUGAUGGGAGAUGAGCAUGUGCCGUCCCCAGGAGUUCCAUACUCUUUGACGAUGGAAAACAGGAAAGAAUGUUACAGACUCGAACAACAAUUUGUUUUACAUUAAACAUGCGAGUGUUUGCGCAGUGUAUCUUACUCACACUCAUUAUUCAUUGAACUACUUUGUGGUAUAAUUAGAAGAACGUUUUGAGGUUCAUUUGCUUCCCACUGCUUGACGAAAAACCUUUUACGAUAAAUCAGGUAAAGAAGGCGAAUGUCUACAGAAAGAUGCAUCCUUUCAUUAGAAAAAAACACUAUUUCUGUUUAGUGUAACCAUGAUCCAAAAAUUUGAGAUUUCAGCAGAGAAUCACGUCUGGUGUCAGAAUAAGCCAAAGUACACUGGCAGAAAAUCAGGUACAGGGUUGGAUGUUUUUAAAGUGGAUAAGGUACAACUUUGUAUUUCCAUAGCAUGUGUCAAGCAAAUGAUAAAUAUGAGGCAAUGCAUUAUGACAGGUCUGAUAUCACCAUAGACCAAAAAUGGACAGGAAUUAGCUUUUCUCUAAACACUGUGAAUUUCAAACAACUCUACAAUACUUGUGACUUUUAUGCUUGUAUAACCAACGGAAUAUAUAUAUGUAUAGUGUCCACUUUUAUAAAGUGUUAUAUUGCGGUAAUAAUAAGUAUUUUACUCAGACAACAUUACCUGUGUAAUGACAUAGGCCAAUGAGUUUUUAAUGGUGGUGGUAAACGUUCCAAAUUUCAAAGGAAUUGCUUAAGUUUUGGGGAAAAUACCCCAAGAGUAAGAUGAGAAGAAUGAUACCACUCUCAUGUCUGUACAAUAAAUAUUUAGCUAUACAGACGGAGAGGAUUAUUUUAGCAUAGCAUAACGACUGGAGAAAAAGGAAAAUCUGCGUAGCUCUCGGAGCGUGACAAAACCCACUUAGCACUGCCUUUAAGUGUUAAAUCGACAAAUUGUAUAUUUUUCCUGUUGUUAGGUACAGCCAGCAGCUAAGUGUAGCUGGAGAAAUCACUGUAUAUCCAGUAGGUAACCGGCUGCUCGCUGUAGUCAACCAGCAAAAAACUCAAACAAGAUAUAACUAGAUUAUAAUGAGCUUCAUAGGUGCUGCCAGGUGGCUUUUUGUUAUGUUUGGAGAAAGCCAAGCUAACUGGUUCUCUUCUGCUUCCAGUCUUUAUGCUAAGCUGAGCUAACCGGCUGCUGUCUGUUUUGUUAAAUUUAACAAAGAGACAUGUGAGUGCUAUCCAUCUUCCUAUCUGAUGCCAUGUGUACACCGCAAAUGACAAAAGCAACAAAACAGCCAUGGUUGGCUAGCUACAUUAAUGAUGAGUACACGUAGAACUUUUGCUCAAGCCCUAGUUGCUUGAGAACUGGCUUACGUCAUUCUUUUAGAUGGAACAAAACAGGGUGGAAACAAAAACAUGUUAUUGGUUUACGUUGAGUCAUUGGAGCGCUGAAAUAAGUUGGCACUAUCUCAACUUUGAUUUGUAUCGUGUCACACACAUCACGUAGCAACUUUCGGCCAUAUGUUUGUUGCUUCAUAUCACCGGCUUCUAUUUAAAAUGACUUGUAGCCUGUUGCUGUGUCAUUCCUAUCGUGAACUUAGCAAAACCAUCGCCAAGGAAGUGAAAAAGGGCAUUUUCCAAAAUGUCAAACUAUUGUUUUUAUGUUGAAAUCAUAUUCCACUACAAAAUCUAUACUGCCUUAUACUAUUUGAUAUGUGAAUACAUGUAAACCUGUGUGUGUUUGUGAGUUAGCAUGAGUGUGUGCGUGUGUGUGUGUGUGUGUGUGUGUGUGUGUGUGUGUGUGUGUGUGUGUGUGUGUGUUGUGUGUACAAUACUUGUACUUCUUUUGUUUUGCACACUUGUGUACAGAAGAACAGGUGAUAUCUGUACGCUACAUUUUUUUACCACUAACCAUUGGAGCAAUUCAUAAUAAUCUUUAGUAAAUGGAAUUCAUACAAUGUUUGUUGUCGUUGAUGCUGCUGCUUAAACCAAUAAAUCCAUUUCCAU